AUGGGUGUCAUGGAUAGUGACGGAAAACAGCAUUUUGCUGAGGGUAUUGUGGCAACCAAUACCCAGGAGUGGGUGCUGAACCCAGAAACUGAGUAUAGGUUCGAACUUGACCCUGGCACCUCACUCGCGAUCAAGCUCCUUCGUGGACACGCAGAAAUUUUCGGCGCAGAGCUUGUAGACGGCAAGACUUAUGUCUACGGCUUCGAAUGCAAGGCAGCUGUAUGUUUACCGGUUUGGACACGAUGCCGUCAUCGCAAGCACGUCACAGGCCAGCCUUCGACAGAAUACAUCUCGGAGGAGACCCCCAUGGUAGCCUACGCGAAUGUACACCUCGCGCUCGAGCAGAUGCGGGUACGCGCCUUGCGAGCGGUGCAUGGCUCACCUCCAUCAGACGACGAUGACGCGGAUAUACUCACAAACCCCGAUGCGCCGCGUGUGCUGGUAUUGGGGCCAGAGAACUCGGGCAAGACGACGAUGUGCAAGAUUCUGACGAAUUAUGCGUUGCGCACUGGACAGGAUUGGUGCCCUCUACUCGUGAAUGCGGACCCUAGCGAGGGAGGAUGGGCAGUCCCUGGAGCCAUAUCCGCUGCUUCGAUUUCUAUUCCGAUACAGACCUGCUCUUCCGCCUCCCCUCUUGGUUCGACGGCGACGUCUGCGCCCACCCACAUGUCCUCUAAUGCCCUUCUUCCUCUCGCAUACUGGUACGGCCACGCCCAGACACGACGGAAUCCGUUACUCAUGGACAGAGUGAUUCGGAAUUUGGGGGAAAACAUCAUGGAGCGGUGGGAGUCUGACACAGAAAGUCGGGUGUCAGGCUUGAUUGUCGACACACCGGCUUCUUUUGCCGCCAGCUCGGGUUCCAAUGGUGAUCACAGGCAGACCCUCAUCAAAGCUUGCGUUGAUGCAUUCAGAAUAAAUGUCAUCCUUGUAGUAGGCCACGAAAAGCUCAAUGUGGAGAUGCAGCGAAUAUACGGUAAUCGUAUGGCCGUCGUCAAGAUACCAAAAUCGGGUGGCGUGGUAGAACUGGACGCUAGCUACCGGGAGCGGAUACGCAAGUAUGAGCUACACAAGUACAUGUAUGGCCAGGUGAUUGAGCCCCCAUCUGGCCUAAGCAGUACGGUGUGCAUGCAAGGGGGCGAGCAGACGCCCGACCUCACUCUUGCGCUUUCACCGUCAUCGUCGGUAAUCUCGUUCAGCGACCUGAGAAUUUAUCGCAUUGGAGAAGAAACGAUGGCACCGGUUUCAGCACUUCCCAUUGGCGCAACUCGCGUAGUUUCCGAGAUGCAGCCGCUAGUCGUCGAUCCAGCGCUGCCCGGUUCGGGGCUGUACAACGCAGUUCUCGCACUCCUGGCCCCUCCGAACCCUGACGAGUCAGAACGCUAUGAUGAGGAAGUGCUCGACCUGCCAAUUGUUGGGUUCACCGUAGUGACUGCGUUGGACAUCCCUAACAAACGGAUGACGGUGCUGGCGCCAAGUCAGGGUUCGCUCGCGGGGCGGAUCGCUGUUGUGGGCUCAUUCGAAUGGCAGGAAUGA